UGGUCAAAAGUCGCAUAUUGUUUCGGCAAGGUUGCGCAUGAGAGGCACCAAUUUAAUUUGCUGAAAUUGUAUUCUAUAUACGUCCUAUUAUCUUAGACAGAGGGCUGACAACCAGCAAUUAUCAAAUAGCUUUUUGAUUAUUAAUCUAGUGUGCACCAUGGCCGCAUCACGGAAAGAUCCACUGGAUUUCCAGAAGAAAUUUGCAAGGAUUUUGAAAAAAUCUGACAUCAAGGCAUUUCAGUGGAGUGAAGAUGGAAGAUGUGUUAUUGUCAACUGGAAAGACUUUGAGGCCAACAAGGGUGACCACAGGAAGGCCAUGUCUAUAUUCCGUAAGGUGAAGGACAGGACUGCUCUCCGGAAGCUGCUGGCCUGUCAUGGGUUUAAGAAGAUUGGAAGGAGGUCCAGCUCCGAUUUUGUGUUCGAAAAUCCAGAGUUUGUGCGUCGACAUGGCAACAAAACCAAACACUCGGAGGCAGAUGCUCAUCAAUCGGGAAUCACAGAGGACAGAUCCCCCUCCACAUCAAUCAGCAGUGUGCUCGCAGACAUGUGCUUUUCUCCGAUAAAGAAGAAGAAUGCCAGAGACCUUUAUCAGUAUAUAAACUUCAACUAUCCAGAGCCAACAGCUGAACCUGAACCACACACCCCUCCCGAGCUGAGCCCUCCUCCUGCAAAGCUAUUGUGUACGUCUCCACCUGUGGACCAAAACCAAAUACCAGAGGAACUGGAUGAUCCUGCUAAUUCCAUGCUGAAUGAUCCAGAACCAGAUGAGAACGUGGCUGCCACGACGACUGACUAACGUCAACUUGCUGAAGGAGCCAAUCAGUAGUGCGCGGCGUCCCCCAGCCACACGACCUUGACCCCCACAAGAGGGCGGAAACCUCGCCCUCACACCAUCACACUAGCUGAGUGACUGUGUGUACUGUAUGUGUAUGUGUGUGAGGGCGGGCGCGCGUGCACACACACACACACUGCUGUGACAUCAGCUCCUGCAUUACUUUGAAAGAAAAUCUUUUGUUAAAUACUAUCUAUUGCACGUGUGUAUGUCAUUCUGCCUCGGUGUGUGAACGUGAGUGUGAAUGGGAGAAUGUGAGGCAUACAAUGUAAAGCGCUUUGAGUGCUCAUAUUGCAUUGAGGGGUCUUUCAGAUUAUAGAUUAUAGAUUUCCAAUGCAUUUUGCCAUUCAGUGGGUAAAAUCGGAUACUUUUGACCUUGGGAAAAGUAUGUUCCACUGAAUUGAUGAAAGUAGAUUUUUCAUAUGUGAUGCAGAGGGGUUGACGGAUCAAUAUAAUGUAUGAAGCAUUACUAUGGCAAUUUGUUUUAUGCUUGAUCUGCUACCACAGAUUUUAUCACAUAUUUCAGUACAUAUGACCUCAUUUGCAUAUUUCAUCAUAUUUCAGAAAUCUUGCAAUACAAAAAUUGUUUGCCUGAAUGUGAGUUACCAACUGUGAAAGUUUCAAAUGAAUAUGUCAUAGUUUGAAAUUUUACCCUAUUCACCUUGUAUCUCCAAUAUUGUCUCCCUAUGGAGAAACGAAUGGGAAAUCUUUGAAAAAAUCCUUGAAUCCUUGAAAAAAAGCAUGUUCCACUAAAUAUAAAGCUGUAGAUUUUUAAUAUGUGAUACAAGGGGGUUUAAGGGUCACUUUAAAGUAGGAACGAUUACUAUUGCAAUUUAUCCCGGGUUUGGGCAUUUUUAGAGUUAGAUUGACUGGCCUAUUAUAAUAAGAAUAAUAUUAAUAAAUAAUACAUUUUAUUUGGAGCGGUUUUCAAGAUUCACAAAGACACUUUACAGGGUUAGAAUGUGAGAAUAGUAGUAUAUAUGUGAAAACAGCAGUUAAGAAAGUAAGAAAGUUUGAGCAUGUGUAAUGGUUGUCAAAGUGACAGGCCAUCUUUCAUUAGAGCUCUAGACUUUAAGAGUUAGACAUUGUAUGUCAGACUGUCGCCAGUCUAGACUGCAGUACUGCUCCAUUCCGCUGACUAUAAUGGAUUAUUAGGCAUGAGGACAUAGAAAUUCACACAUACAUACAUCUUCUCAGCAUGCCUGCCCUCUGUUGGUAGCAAUAGGCUAAUGCUGUUUAAACUUGAGUCUAUUGCUGAGGGGUUAUUUAUAACACACCAUCAAGUUCUAGUUGGGCUAGUUUCUCAUAAACUUCAAUUGUUGAUGAUGGUGUAACCCAAUAGAAGCAUGAUACUGCAGUGGUCCUUUUACGGUUAUUCUUAUUCUUUGUGUGAUUCAGAAAUGAACCUUUUUCUUCAAUGGCCCAGUGUGUAACGCACUUUGGAUGAAAUUAUUUUCACCCAAUUGAACAUGUUUAAAUAUUAAAAAAUGAAGCCAAAGAAAUAAACACAACACAAACCA